AUGCCUUAUGGUCAACUGGAAAUAACCGUUGUUGAAGCUAAAAAACUUAAAGAUACCGACUUUUUCGAUAAGGCGGACCCUUACGUUAGUUUGUCUAUGGACAAACAAAAUAAGCAAAAAACUCGCGUUAUCAAGGAUGCUGGAAGUGAAGCAACUUGGAAUGAAAAGUUCACGUUUGAUGUUUUAGAAGGUCGAAAUGAACUUUUCCUUGAAGUAUUUGAUGAGGAUGUUGUUAAUGAUGAGUUAAUAGGGGGGACCACGAUACCUCUAUAUCAGGUUUUUCAACAAGGAUAUACUGAGCAGUGGGUUAAUAUCACACGUCCCACCGGGAAACCUUCAGGGGAAAUUCAUUUAUUUAUGAGUUUUAAGAAUCAAGGUCCAACUUCGGGACCUCCAGGGCAUACCCCAUAUCCAGUUCCAGGUGGGUCAGGUUAUUUUUCACCUCCAAAUUCUGGUAGUAGUGCUUCAAGUAACACACCUCCGGCUGGUCAACAAUCUUAUCCAGGAAAUCAAGCCCAACAUCAAGGUUUUGGUAAUCUAGGACCAGAAGGUGGUGCUCUCCCUUCAGGUUAUGGAAGUGGAACUCCUCCACCUGUUACAGUACCACAUUCAACUGGUCCUCUUGCUUAUCCAACAGCUGGAGGUGGGUUUCCUGAUCCAUCAUCAUAUGGUGGUCAAGCACAGUCGUAUUAUCAACAACCAUCAUACGGAGCUCCUCCGUCUGAUUCUAAAAAUAUCUCAUCGGAACCAAAAGAACAUAAAUCAGGUGGUGAUAACGAUUGGAUGACUACGGCUGGCAUUGCAGCUGCUUCUGCUGUCGGUGCAGGCGCUUUGGGUUUCCUUGGUGGUAAACUUUACUCUGAGCAUAAACAUGAAGAAGCGGGAAGUAAAGAUAAGCAUAAUAAAGAUGAAAAGGAUGAGAAAAAAUAUAAAGAUAAAGAUAAGCACAAAAAAGAUGAGAAAAAGGAUAAGCAUAAAGAUGAGAAAAAGGAUAAGCACAAAGAUGAGAAAAAGGAUAAGCAUAAAGACGAGAAGAAAGAAAAAAAGAAAGAUAAAAAAGAUCAUAAAUAA